AUGCCCUUCUCCCACCACAGCCACUCGGGCCAAUUCUGCCCAGGCCACGCCAAAGACUCACUCGAGGAGAUCGUCCAGCUGGCCAUCUCCAAGAAAUUCCAAGUCUUCUGCCUGACCGAGCACAUGCCCCGCGGCAACGACGACUUGUACCCCGAAGAAGCACGUCCAUCCCCCCCCGGCACUACCACAGCGGCAAUGAUCACCAACGAAGCCGCCUACGUCGCCGAAGCCCAGCGCCUGCGCACCAAAUACGCCGCGCAGAUCCAGCUCCUCGUCGGCUUCGAAUGCGACUGGAUCCGGGGCGCCGCCUCGCAGGCCCUGAUCGAGGCCUCGCUGGCCCGCCACCCGUUCGACUUCUUCAUCGGCUCCGUGCACCACACCUGCACCGUGCCGAUCGACUACGACCGCGCGAUGUACGAGAGCGCGCGCGCGGCCGCCGGCGGCUCCGACGAGGCGCUCUUCGCCGCGUACUUCGACGAGCAGCUCGACAUGCUGCGCCAGCUGCGCCCGCUGGUCGUGGGGCAUUUCGAUCUGAUCCGGCUGAAGAGCGAUGAUCCCGAGCGGAGUUUCCGCACGUGGCCCGGCGUGUGGGACAAGGUGCUACGGAACCUGGACUUUGUGGCGUCCUACGGGGGCUUGUUGGAGAUUAACUCGGCGGCGUUGAGGAAGGGGAUGAGCGAGCCGUAUCCGCAGGCGGAGAUUUGUACGGAAUUCCUCCAACGCGGCGGCCGGUUCUGUCUGUCGGAUGAUAGCCACGGGCUGGACCAGGUCGGGCUGAAUUACCAGCGCGUGCUGGCGUUCUUGCAGAAGGUGGGCAUCGCGACGGUGCAUUACUUGGAUUUGGCGCGCGAGGGCAAGGACAGUGCGGUGGUUGAUGCGCGGUUCCCUCGUACGCGCCUCCGAGCGAUGGAGCUGGCGGAGCUCCAGGCCAAGGACUUUUGGAAGGACUACUAG